AAUCGCGGCGAGCAGGGCUCGCAAAGCAGGCCGGGAAGGGCCAGGAACGUGUCCAGAGCGGUUCCUGCCCGCCCGCCCGCUGCCCUGGCCCGGCUCUGCCCGGACAGACCCGCCGCCCACGGGAACGGAGGGUGCCGGUGUUCCUGGAGACCGGACGCUGCCGACAGGAGCCAUACACGAGUGUACAGAGAGCGAGAGCCCAGGCCCCCGGCCGGUGAAACCCCUCCUGGGGAGACGUGGCUGCUGCGCUGGAGCCCGUGGCAGCCGUGGGCCUCCCCUUCCCGGCGGGAGCUGGGGGAGCAGGACCCAGGAGGUGUGCAGGCAGGGGCUGAAGGUGCAGAAGUCCCUCGUGUCAUCCAUACCGGAGCUGGUCCAGCACCGAGAGCUGUGGGGGCAGGAUGCGAUGCAGGCCAUGCAGCCCCCUUGCGAGGCCGAGCUGCCCUCCACGACCCCACAGCUGGCACUGCGGGAUGAGCUCCCCACCCCAGAGCCCUGGCGCCAGCUCUUCCGUGGCCUGCGCUACCGGGAAGCCGAGGGCCCAGGGAAGAUUUGCAGCCGCCUGCGGGAGCUGUGCCGGUGCUGGCUGGAGCCCCAGUGCCGCAGCAAGGAGCAGAUGCUGGAGCUGGUGGUGCUGGAGCAGUUCCUGGCCAUCCUGCCCCCGGAGAUGCGGAGCUGGGUGUGCGGGUGCCGCGUGGAGACGUGUGCCCAGGCCGUGGCCCUGGCCGAGGGGUUUCAGCUGGGGCAGGCGGAGGACGAGAAGCUCCAGGUCACCGUGCGUGUGAAGGUCGAGGAGGGGUCGUCAGACCAGAUGCAGCCCCCGGGGCCCCUGCCAGAGCCUGGUGAUUCCCAGGUGCAGCAGCUGAAGGCUCAUCAUAAGGACAGGCCUCUGGAGGAAGCAGGAGAUCAGGAGAUCGCCAAAGAGGAGCCCCCCCCCAACCCGGAGCCAGGCGCUGGGACCCUGAGCAGAGCGGAUCAGCAGCCUCCCGAGGAAGGGCCUGUAAACCUGGAGCCGCAGAGACCCUCCCCAGGGACACGGGGACAGAGCGGCUUCCUGACGCCCGGGCCGGGCCAGCUGCAGGAGGGGCAGGGCAGGCCGGCGAAGCAGGGGCAGAGCAUGGAGCUCCGGGAGGUGUUUGAGGACGUGGCAGUGUAUUUCACAAGGGAGGAGUGGGAGCUGCUGGAAGAGGAAGACAAGGGGCUUUACCAGGACCAGAUGCUGAGGAACCACCAAGCCCUCGUUUCCCUGGCAGGAUAUCGAGGCCCUGCCCCUGACUUGAUCUGCCGCAUCCAGCGAGGACAGGUGGAGCUCUGGGUCCGUGAUUAUGAGGACCGUGAAGAAAUGCAGAAGUUAGAGGACCUGCUGCCAGGACAUGCCUGGUUGCUGAGCAGAACUGAGGAGCAGGCUCCUGAGGAAGGGCCUGGAAAGCUGAAGCCACCAUGGGCUUCCCUGGGGAGUGUAGGUGAGGUGGAUUCCCUGAGGCCAGAGAAGGACCAGUGGCACAAGGGUCAGGGGAUGCCCCAAAAGCAGGAGAAUGUAGCAGUGAAUGUGGUCCCAUCUCUAGUUGGGCGUUGGAGUGAAGAGGGGAAAGAAGCCAGAAAAAGGCCAAGGUGCAGGGAUGGAUAUGUCAUGCUGAGACACCUGAAGAGGCAGAAAGGAAAGGUGCACUGGAGAGAGACACUGCAUGCAAGGCAAGGCAUUGUGGGGGACCUCAGAGGGAAGCAGGAGCUCACUGCCAAGCCCGGGGGGAGAGCCUACCCCUGUCCUCAGUGCAGGAAAAGUUUUAGCUGCCCCUCGCACCUGGCUCUGCACAAGAUAAGGCACGCUGGGGAGAAGCCCCAUGUACGCACCACGUGUGAGAAGAGCUUCACCUGCCUCUCGACCCUGGCUGCUCAACACCAGAUCCAUUCUGGACAGCUCUCCCACCGCUUCACCAAAAGGGGGAAGAGCUUUGUGCUGCUCAAAACCCAGGAUGUGCACAGGAAGAAGCGUCAGUACUGCUGUGUCACAUGUGGUAAGACCUUCACCCAUUUCUUCUCCCUGGUUCAGCACCGGCGCAUGCACUUGGGGAGGAAGACGCACCGCUGCACUGAGUGCAGGAAGAUCUUCAUUAGCUGGCAAGGCCUGUCCCAACACUCGUGUGUGCAGAGGAGGCAGCAGCCACACUACUGCACAAAGUGUGGGAAGAGCUUCAGGCAGCCCUCCAGCCUGGCCAGGCACAGGUGCAUGCACACAUGGGAGAAGUCACAUCCUUGCUCUGUGUGUGGGAAGAGCUUCAUCUCCUCUUCCAAGCUGGCCCAACACCGGGUUAUCCACACAAGGGAGAAGCCACAUCAGUGCUCUGCGUGUGGGAAGAGCUUCAGUUAUCCCUCCGAGCUGGCCCGGCACCAGCGCAUCCACACAGGGGAGAAGCCAUAUCAUUGCUCUGAGUGUGGGAAGAGCUUCAGUUAUUCCUCCGACCUGGCCCAGCACCAGCGCAUCCACACAGGGGAGAAACCACAUCAGUGCUCUGAGUGUGGGAAGAGCUUCAGUUAUUCCUCCUGCCUGGUCCGGCACCAGCGCGUCCACACAGGGGAGAAGCCAUAUCAGUGCUCUGGGUGUGGGAAGAGCUUCAGUUAUCCCUCCGAGCUGGCCCGGCACCAGCGCAUCCACACAGGGGAGAAGCCAUAUCAGUGCUCUGAGUGUGGGAAGAGCUUCAGUAAUUCCUCGGACCUGGCCCGGCACCAGCGCGUCCACACAGGGGAGAAGCCAUAUCAGUGCUCUGAGUGUAGGAAGAGCUACAGGUAUUCUUCCAACCUGGUCCGGCACCAGCUCAUACACACAGGGGAGAAGCCAUAUCAGUGCUCUGAGUGUGGGAAGAGCUUCAGUUAUCCCUCUGACCUGGCCAAGCACCAGCGCAUCCACACAGGGGAGAAGCCAUAUCAGUGCUCUGAGUGUGGGAAGAGCUUCAGUUAUUCCUCCGCCCUGGCCCACCACAAGCGCGUCCACACAGGAAAGAAGCCAUAUGAUUGCUCUGAGUGUGGGAAGAGUUUCAGUUGUUCGUCCUCGCUGGCCAGCCACCAGCGCAUCCACACGGGAGAGAAACCAUAUCAGUGCUCUGAGUGUGGCAAGAGCUUCACCCAAUUCUCUGACCUGACCAAGCACCAGCACAUCCACCGAGGGGAGAAGCCAUAUCAGUGCUCUGAGUGUGGCAAGAGCUUCACCCAAUCCUCCAACCUGGCCCAGCACCAGCAUGUCCACACUGGGGAGAAGCCACAUGAGUGCUCUGAGUGUGGGAAGAGCUUCAGUUCUUCCUCUAACCUGAUCCGGCACCAGCGUGUCCACAGAAGGGAGACGCCAUAUCAGUGCUCUGAGUGUGGGAAGAGCUUCAUUUAUUCCUCCAACCUGGCCCAGCACAAGCGCAUCCACACAGGGGAGAAGCCACAUCAUUGCUCUGCGUGUGGGAAGAGCUUCAAUAAUUCCUUUAGCCUGGUCCAGCACAAGCGCAUCCACACAGGGGAGAAGCCAUAUCAUUGCUCUGAGUGUGGGAAGAGCUUCAGUAAUUCCUCCCACCUGGGCCGGCACCAGCACGUCCACACAGGGGAGAGGCCAUAUCAGUGCUCUGAGUGUGGGAAGAGCUUCAGUUAUUCCUCCCUCUUGGUCAAGCACCAGCACAUCCACACAGGGGAGAAGCCAUAUCAGUGCUCUGACUGUGGGAAGAGUUUCAGCAUCCCCUUCAACCUGGCCCGGCACCGGCGCAUGCACAAAGGGGAGAAGCCACAUCAUUGCUCUUAGUGUAGGAAGAGGUUCUCCUACUCCUGCAGCCUGUGCUGAACACCAGUGCAUGUACACAGAGGAGAAGCUACAUCAGUGCUCUGAGUAUUGGAGAAGCUUCACCCAUCUCAGCACCCACCAAUGGUGCAUUCAAACCAGCUCCCUCAUGCUGGUGGCCUGCAGAAAGAGUUCCCCCAGGCUUUGUCCCUUGUAGGAAACUGUGGGAGUCCAGAGCCCAGAUGCUGGCCCCCAACAUAUGGUUGGGGGCGGGGGCUAAGAGGAAACACCUCAGGCAGAGGUCAGCCCCAAUGUGGGGGGAGGAGACGAGGAGGAGAUGAUCUUUGCAUCAGUCUUGGAGCCCUCUUCCCACAGCAAGACCCAGAGCUGGGUGAGCCAGAGCCACAGGGUGAGCAACCCUGGGUGAGCGACUAGCAACUGGCUCAACAGGUGCCCCAAGCCAGCCCCGUCUGCCCUGUUCCUGCCCUCACCCACCACUGCCACCCAUCUGCACCAGAGAGGGGACUGCGGGAGUGGGGGGCAGUCUGCACAUGGUGCCGGCUCCAGGGGGGUGUCUACCCCCUUGGGAGAGCAGGUUCUCCUCACUGCUGCAAGCACCCCUGCCAGCAUGCCCGCAACAUGCAGUGCUGGGGCAGGUAUUAGGGUCAGGACAGGUGGCUUGUGCUGGGCCUGGGUUGGGGCAUUGGGCACAGGCUAUCCAGCCAAGCAUGGAGGAAUCAGGCUGAGUUUGUCCCCUCUGGGGGUUGGUGGUUUGCACCAGCAGCCCCUGCAGAGUCAGGGGCAGGGCUGGAGGUGGGGGCAUUACUGUCCAUGCCCUGCAGGACGGAAGGCACCGGAUGUGGUGGGAGGUCUGCAAGGACCUGACGCAGAUGCUGGUGUUUGUCCCACGUGGGAUCUGUGUUCACCUGGGACAGGUGUGAAGGGAGGUAGGGUAGGUAGGGGUGAUACCCCAUUGCUUGCAUCAUUGGGGGGGUACAACUCCACCUGGGGUAUUUUUUUGGUACACCUUCUGGGGGGGCCGACACUUACCCGGGGCAGGUGUGAUAGAGGCUGUAAUGGGGCAGAUGUUGCUAUGCCACAAUUGUGCAGCAGGGGGUGCUGUGGCGGUGCCUGUUCUCUCCUGGGGCAGGUGUGCAAUGGGCUGCCAGGGGGUGGGGGGAUGGGUGGACCCCCAUUUCUUCCUCUCUCUCCUUCUACUUGCACUCCCCACCCCUGUGCCCCCAAAAGCCCAAGCCCAACUGGUGAGCCCCGGGGGAUCUGCAGGGGGCUUGGCUCCAUCCCAGGGAUUCCUCCUCAACACCAAGAUGGAUCUGGCCCCCUGGUCAGGCCAGUACAGACUGGGGAGCUUUGCUUGCCUUUCUAGUGUGAUCCCGGUCUCUGCCUGGGGUCCCUGGGGUGUGGAUUACCAAGCUGUCACAGCAGCAUGAGGAUGAGCACCGUGGCCCCGCUGCUUUUACUGGGGCAGGACCAGGUGCGAUGUCUGCUCUGUGUCAGGCAUGUGGCAGUUUGGCUAAGAAGUGCGAUGAUGGGUUUGUCUGGGCUGGUUUGGACGGGGCUGAUGCUGACUCAGGUGAUGGCUGGACUGGAGGUGAGCUCUGCAGGCCUCCUCAGCCCCUCUCUUCUAGCAUUUCCUUGAUGAGAACGUCCCCUAGAGCCAUGGCUCUCAGCCUUUUUAGACUGCGGACUGGCAAACGCGGACAGAAAGCAGCACCUUUCAUAGAUUUAACUGCAUAGACAUUAGGCCUGGAAGGGACCUUAUAAGGCCAUUCCCUUCCUCAUCAGCCCUCACAUUUUCCAUUGAUUUCUUCACAGUGCCUGGCCAUGGAGCUGGUGUUCUUAUUGAACUCUCCGCAGUGGCUCCUAGGUCUCUGUCCUGUGUGGUAACAGCUCAUGUGGAGCCUGUCCUGGUGUCAGUCCCAUUUAUACAAUUCUCAUUCAUAUGUGUUCCUGGCCCAUUCCACUCAGAUCAUGACCCCGUGGUCAAUAGAGUUAAUAUAUUAUUUACUCUUCAUUAUUAUAUACACGUUUUAAAGUGGGGGGAUGGACAUGAUGAGACUUCUCAUUCAGCUCCAGCACUCUCGAGUUGUAGGGCCCUAGAAGAAGCCUUCAUCUCCAGAGAAGAGCCAUGCGCAUGAUCAGAGGUCAGGGAAGCAGACCCUGCUAUGACAGGCUGAGAGCCCUGGGGCUCUUUAGCCUGGAAAAGCGCAGGCUCAGGGGUGAUCUGAUGGCCACCUACAAGUUUAUCAGGGGUGACCACCAGUAUCUGGGGGAACGUUUGAUCACCAGAGCGCCCCAAGGGAUGAUGACUAGGUCACAAACUACUACAAGACCGUUUCAGGCUGGACAUAAGGAAGAAUUUCUUUACUGUCUGAACCCCCAAGGUCUGGAAUAGCCUCCUGCCGGGGCUGGUUCAAGCGCUGACAUUGAACACCUUCAAGAGCAAACUGGAUGCUUAUCUUGCUGGGAUCGUAUGACCCCCAGCUGACUUCCUGCCCUUUGGGCUGGGGGCUGGACUCGAUGAUCUUCCGAGGCCCCUUCCAGCCCUAGUGUAUGAAAUCUAUGAAAAUGUCUAUGAAAUCUCUCUGAACUUUUCCUUCUCAUGCCUGCACAAUGCAUCCCACACUGCACAGACACCAAGUCACAGCUCUGUCCUUCAUACAUCAGCAAGGAUCCCUACUGUUGGAGCAUGCUGUGCAGGUAUCUGAAGAGAGGUGCAGCGUUUUGUUUUGUGUCAUUACACUUUUAAUACUGCCCCAGCCAGGAAACCUGCUCAUCUUGCUUGGGAACAGAGAUCAAAGCUCCCACAACAUUUGAUUCCCAAGCCAUGCUGAAGUCUGCAGAUCUUAGCAAGAGGAUACCUAGGAAUUUAGACCUCAUUAGGUCCCUGCCUUCAGCUGUCGUGUGUAAGUGAGGAGAUCGUGGCAAAAAAGGCAACCUAAUGGCAGCCUAAUGCCUUUGGCGUUUGCAAACUGUACCAUCAAAAAGGGAGCAAAUCUACUACCUUGGUGUGAGCAAAAGAGGUCUGGAUCCCAGAGCCUUUUGUCUAAAAGCACUACAAAAAAACCUAAAUCCAAGUCUUGGACCCUCUAGGCCCCACCACCUUUCUGAGGCACCCAAUGGGUGGGCUAUUGUAAGAGUGGACAGCUUUUUGGCUAUCUCCAUUCUCCUCCUUCACUUCCUCCAUGAACAUAAGGCAGGGAGUCUGCACCUUGCCAUUAAGAGCGUAGGCAGGACCAGCCCUAGCAGCAGACAGGGGCUGAAAUCUUCCAAAAGUGGAGGUUUGACACUACAGGGAAAUCAGGGAGCCUUCAGGUGUCUCUGGUGAACACUGCAAAACCUGGAGUUUCCCUAAUGGUGAUUCUGAACUGCAGGGCCCCUGGGCUCCAUGCAUCAAGGCAAAGGUGGUGUGAUGGGCUAGGUGGUAGUGACUUAGCCCAGGGGUUUUGAAAGGAUAAAAGAUGACUGGAGGACUUGGGAUUGCCUUUCCUCACCAAUCAGGCCCCAGAGAUUCAGCCUCCAUGUCCCCUGAUUAGCCCCUUGGUUCACCUGGAGGGGAUAAAAUGGGCAGUGUGGCUGACUCAGGGGAGACCAGCAAGGGAGCACAAGGAAGGGGUCUCAAAGAGCUGGCAAGAGCUGGGCCAGUGGGGUGGGAGCAGUUGCCCCAGGAGCACCUGAAGGAUUGGGACCUGCAGGCGGCAGUUUGAUCCUCAGCAGCGCAGCAAGGGGCCAGCAGGAGAGGCUCCCCACUGGGCUCCAGAAUCCCCUAUGAGAGGCUGUGGCUAGCAGGAGGGGCUGCCUAGGUCCAGCAAGGAUCUGAGCAGUGACCUGAGAGGUUCCCACCUCUGCUUCCAUCUCCUCCAGCAAGAGGCCAGGCAGCUCAACAUGAGGCCUGGACUCCAGGAAGGCCAAAACCCCUUGAAGUUUGGUACAGUGCUAGCUCUGGUGGCUACCUGCUGCAGCUUCUGCUUACUUAUGGGAGAUCUGAGUUCAAGUCCCAGGUUGGGUGAUUUGGUGUGAGUGAAGUAACAGGGAGGAAUUCUUGUUGCAGUGGAAAGGGGUCAUUCUGUUUUCCUCCUUUCUUCCCCUCCAGGUACCUAGGCCCUAUACUCCUUCUUAUUUGACAUUUUGUAUUUUGCGCCUUUUAUAUUACACCAACCAGUAUGGUUUGUUCUGCUGUUUGUGUUUUAAUUUUUUAACCCUGUCUUUUGUCAACUGGAUGAAUAUGUCAAUGAUUGUAAGUGUCUAACCUUUGUUGAAUCCUGCCCCUUGGCGUGUUGUAGUACCCCCUAGACUCCUAGGUUUAUAGUGCUUAUGUUCCCAGUAUUGUUCUCUCAUUAAAAAAGUAUAUGGUUAAGUCCCCA